GGCUAAACUGGUACGGGUGUAUAUGUAUGAGAGAGAAAGAGAGAAAGAAGAACAGAGACGGCGAAGCGGCGAACGAGACACCCAGUUGAAGAGGCGAGGGGAACGACAGGGAAACAGAGAGAGAGAGAGAGAGAAAGAGAUCGUACGAGCGCGUCCAAGCGGUCCGUUCUCGGCAGGUUCGCCCUCUGUGUGUGCGACGUCGUGUAGUGAGUCCGGUAGAGACGAGAGAGAAGCGAGUCGCGCGCGCGUAUGCUGCUUCUCCAAUGUGAAAAAGCUAUUACUACUACUGCUACGACUACUACUACUACUACUACCACCACCACCACCACCAUCAUCACCGAUACGAGCCGCUGUUGCUACUGAUACACUACCACCAUCAUCACCUACCAUCGUCAUCGUCAGCGGCGUGCUCGUUGGACGUGCCGGCGUCGCUUCGUGUCGCGUCGCGCCAAGUCAAACCAAAUCAAAUCAAACGAAACGAAGCUGAAAACGCCGCGAAUCGAGCUGUGUGCGUCGCGUUGUAACGUACGACAGGAGGAGAACGUGCCGCAAACGCGCGCGAUGUGUCUCUCGUGUCGCACUUAAGCGCGGCAAAGCCUGUAGUGGUCUGUUGCUGUUGCUGCUGUUCAGACAUUAUAUCAAGGACGCGUUAUAUACACUCGUUGGCGCCGCUGCUGGAAGAAGGAACCAUCGUGGCCGUCGAACGAAGCGAGUUUCGCCGCGGGACCGGAGUAUAGGGGGGAAAGAGUGAGACGAACUAACAUGGACUAGACAAAGAUACACAAGGAUACAGGCAUAAGAGAGAGAGAGAGAGAAAGAGAGACGAAGCGGCGUGAGCGUUCGACGUCGUUGCUUCUCGUUGUCGAUGGUGGGGAGUCGGAGAGAAAAAGAAAGAGCUAGAGGGGGAGAGAGAGAGCGCCCUCCCCUACCCACCCGCCCGCUUGCCUCCUCUGCCCGCCGCCGUACCUACUCACGGAGCUAACGAACGGUCGAGCGUAGCGUCGAGUAGACCGCAUCCCAAGUAUAACGUACGUACGUAUAUCCACGGGAACUGAAUCGAGCGCGCGCUGUGGCGUGUUCUACGCGUUUAUUACGCGAGAAAAAGACGGGGAAACGUUGUUCGCCGCGAGUAAGCGGGCACACGAGCAAUAAGCGGGUACAGUGUGGAUCGGUGUUUGUAGUGGUGUAACCACUAUUGGCCGGUUUAGACGCGCGGAUAGUGUUGUGUGACAGUGAGAACGCGUUUUGAACGCGUGCGUGCGUGCGAUACGUGCCUCUCCUCUUCUAUCCGACAUUUAAGCGUCCGUAACAGCGAGUUUCCGAGUGUGCGAAUGUGAGACAGACCGUCCGUGUACGUGCGCGAGCGAGCGUGCAAACGAGAGAGAGAGAAAGAGAUAGAGAAGAGGGGGGGGAGUGAUAGAGUUUUGCACACAGAGUCUGUCUCUGUGUGCACUGUUCAUGCACGCGGGAUGUUACCGAGUUAUGAGCGUGCAAGCGCGCGCUUGUGCGUGUGAGUAUUAGGAAAAGAAAGAAAACUGUAGAGAAAGGGGGAGAGAGAGAGAGAGAGAGAGAGAGCAGGAUAGCGAAGAAAGAAAGACAGAAAGAGAGAGUAAGAAAAAGAGGGAGAGAAAGAGAAAGGAAACGCUAGCGCGUGCAUGUGCGUGCGUGCGCGCGCGGGUCAGCAAUUCCUUCGUACGUCCUUCUUUCCCUCGUUGUGCCACCGGCGGGUAAAACGAGAGGCUGAGGUGACGGACGACGUACUCGCGUGUACGAUAUGUCGGAGCACCACCGCGUGGCCGGUGGCUGGGGCACCGCGAGCCCGGGUAACCGAGAGGAUGGUUCCGGCGGUGCCGCUUGGUGGUCCUCGGGCCUUAACGCCGAGCAACAGCAACAAAAUCUACAUCAGCAUCUGAUAAAUCAACAGCAGCAGCAGCAACAACAGCAGCAACAGCAGCAGCAGCAACAACAGCAGCAGCAGCAGCAGCAACAACAACAACAGCUCGCGGCUCAACACCAUGCGGAGAUCGUUCGGAGUACCGCCGCCGCCGCUGCCGCGAAUCAACUCUUCUGUUACAAAAUGGCCUCCAGCUUCCAGAACCCGGCCACCACCGGCGCGGCAUCGAGUCCGGUGUCGACAUCCACGCCGGUCGGUGGCGGCGGCGCCGCCGCCGCUGCGUGCAUGAGGGGUGGAUACGAUUACAGGCUCGGAACGGCGCCGGGUCCUGGACAAGGCGCGGGUGCGGGUGCUGGUGGUGGCGGCGGCGCCGCUGCUGCCGGCGUACCCGGCACACCUUCCGCACAGCCGCCCGGCGGCGUACAGUGGUGGUAUUCGGGCAGCGGAGUCAUGGACGCCGCCGCCGCGCAGAACAACCUGCACCAGCAGUUGCAGAAUCAGCAGCAACAGCAACAACAGCAACAGCAGCAACACCACUCGCCCAUUACCACGCAAACGUCCACGCCCCCCGUUAUGUCCCCGAUCUCACAUCCACACGUAGGUCAACUAGAUUUCCGAUUAUUUCUGCAGCACCAAAUACUACCGCAAAAUAAUCUACAACAAAAUAACGCUCAGAGCCUGCAGCGGGACAAUAUGCCGAGAGGAAAAGAUUCGAAGCCAAGAGGACGGAUGACAGCAUAUGCGUUCUUCGUCCAAACAUGUCGUCAGGAGCACAAAAAGAAGCAUCCCGAAGAAAAAAUUGUUUUCCGGGAGUUCUCCAAAAAAUGUGCAAUGAGGUGGAAGACUAUGUCGGAUAUAGAGAAGAAACGUUUCCACGAAAUGGCAGAAAAAGAUAAGAAGAGAUACGACGCGGAGAUGCAGAAUUACACGCCGCCCAAGGGAGAAAAUAAGGGCAGGGGCAAGAAACGCAAACACAUUAAGGAUCACAAUGCUCCCAAAAGAUCACUGUCCGCUUUCUUCUGGUUUUGCAAUGAUGAACGCGGCAAAGUCAAAAUGCUGAAUCCCGAAUACGGUGUAGGCGAUAUAGCUAAGGAAUUAGGCAAGAAAUGGUCAGACGCAGAUCCCGAAACCAAAUCUAAAUACGAGGCUAUGGCAGAGAAGGACAAGGCUCGAUAUGAAAGGGAAAUGACCGCGUACAAAAAGAAAAUACAAAACGACGGUGCCCCGAUGAUGGGAGGAGCGCCGGCGAACCAAACUGUAAAAAGUGACAGCGAAGAGGAAUGGAAAGAAGACGACGAAUAGCGGAUGCACGUCGAAAUUUCUUCAUCUAUCACCCCGUGUCCUUCAUCCUGAAAGCAUACCUCACCUACUGUACGUACCAUUGACCUUAGCGUGAGCGUACUUACACCAGCAUCAUUAGGAGAACAAAGUAACUAACCACCAAGCAACCAAUCAAUCAAUCAAUCUCUUUAAAUCCCCACCAAUCAACAUCUCCUAAUUCUCUUUUCCCGAUUAUUUACGAUAAAGUAAUCCGCGCUAAUUACGGUAAUUAUUUUAAAAGGAAAAACUGAUAUAUGUGUGAGUGCUGCGCGAGCGUGAGCGAGAGCGCGAGAGUGUGAGUGGAACAUUUGUACUUUAACAUAUUGAUAGUAACGAUGUAAAGUGGCUAGUAGGAUAGCGGAAGAAACAAAAAAAAAUAUAUAACAGAAUUGAGAAAAAAAAAACAAAAGCGAAAGAGAGAUAAGAAGACAGUGGAUGCCCACACUUUCUCUAUUUGACGGAAGGCGCAGGGGCUCAAUCAUUGUUGACUUUUUGCUCUAUCGACGCUAUGUUACAAGCUAUUUAGCUUUAGUUUACUAAUGACGAAACGCCGCGAUAAUGACGGGGCUCCCAUAGCCGAGGAUCGGAGAUGAUUGUUAUCUCGCAAAUUUUCACAAAUUUUUGGAUUCUUUCACAUGCAAAAAUAUCGUCCUUUCAAUUUCUUCACGCAAUUUGCGAUUUGCACGGACGGUACAACGAAAUCGUUCUCUCGAAUCCUUGUUCUAGAAAGGGGCGAGUCAUACGUCGUGCCGUUACGAAAUUAAUACUAUACUUUUGGGGAUUUUAAGUUCAGUUCAGUUCAGUUCAGUUCAUUCGUCGCCAGCGUGACAUAAAAAAAAAAAAAUACAAUCGUUACGAGAUAAAAUAAACAUAAACAGACUAUUGUUGUAUAUCCUUGUACAGAGAGAGCUUCAUUCUUUUUUUUUUUCAUAUAAUUUUUAAUGAACAGAUCAUGUUGAAUGCGUGUGCUGGGGCAUGGGGCCGCUUUAUGCAUAUUUUUGCGCGAAUAUAUAAUUGAUUUGAUCGAGAGGUACACACAAUGUCUCUUGUAAUAGUUGUAAGUACAUUUAGAAUUAAGUAUAUAUGUGCAUCUUAACACAGACUUGAAUUCUCCGGCGACUCUCUAUGUUUUUUUUUUAGUGUGUACGAUAUACUUUUUUCCACAAGCGGCGGUAUUACAAGCUACGAACCACCACGUGAUUGAGCCUUAAUUACGUAGCCAAUAAGCUCGAUGUUAUGAAUUAGAAAGAAUUGUGUGCGAGAGGAAAAAAGAGAAUGUGUGCGCAUGUAGCUCGCAGCUUUUAUUAGACCAUUGCAUAUGAGAUGUCGCUUUUUCAAAUGUCUUUUAAUAGUCAAAUAUAUAUUGAAGUAAUACAAUUUUUUUAUAAAAGUAUAUAUUACAGUUCUUGUGAAACAGUUGUUCUUUUUCAGAUUAUAGUAAAUUUACGAGAAAAAAUUGAGAAAUGUUUAGUAUAAUAUUAGCUUCUUAUUUUAAAGUUGGACGUGACGUUAAUAAUAUUACAUAAUAUUAUCAUUAAUUACUUUCUAUUAUUAUCAUUAUUAUUAUAUAAUAGACAAAUGAUAAGUAUAGUAUUACUACAGUAAAACCCCUCUUUCGAAACUUUUAGAUUAAAAGAAUGAAAAAUUCUUAAAAAAGAAUAGGGUAUCCGUAUCACACAACGCGAGAAUAUCUAAUCUGUGCGUAUUUGCAUGAACGGAAUUGCGUAUAUAAAUUUGAAAUUAUAUAUGUAUGUACACGUGAGAUUAAAUACAGUUAUGCGCGUAUCGAGAAUUGUCCAUGAAAGUGACGUGAUAUUAUAUGACGACAUGUGACGGAAUACUAAAUUUGUGGAGGACCAUCUUAUAGAGGGGUUGUAUUGUACAAGUAUCAUUUGUCUUUAAGAAAAUUAAUAUACGAUACUUUCUCGCUCUACGCGACAUGGGAUUGGAAUUUGAUUAAUCAAUAUUGCUGAGUACACUAUGCGCGUUAAUCGAUUUCUACAGGCUAUAGGCCCGAAUAUAUACUCUUGGUAAAAUAAGAAAAAAAUUAAUUAUAAGUAAUUGUAGAAAGAAUUUAUGGCAUAAAUUCCAUUUAGAAACGAAUCAGCGCAACAGUGACAAAAGUAUCAGCAUGGAAAAUUUUUCACAUUCAGAAUGUAACAUAAGAUUUAUUUGCUUUAUUCUCUAUUUAACGUAUGAUUUUUUUAAUUUAAUCUUAAAGUACACAUUUAAUAUUGUACUUUUUAUUUUUAAAUUUUUUUACAUUUAGUUGAAAUAUCAACAUAGCUUUUAUUAUGGAAAAUAUGAAAAAGAGCAUUAAAGAGUUUUUUUAUUCAUUAUGUAUAUUUAUAUUUUAUUAAAAAUUAUCUGAAAAUUGUUGAGGUUGAAAACCGACAUUUCAUAUGCAAGGGCCUAAUACAAAAUCAAAAUUAGUAGCAUGAAAUCCCAGCGUCAUGAAGCAGCGGUAUCGCCGAGUCCUUAUUUAUCAAAACAAAACGAUUAUGUACUAAUGUACUUUAAAAUUUUUAUAUUUGCGCUAUUUUUGAGGCUGCCGGCAGCCCGUUACUCCAGCCAUGAAUUUUACUCGACGAAUUUAUCUAUCGCAACGAAGAUAAUGAUGCGAAGUCUAGAUUUCUUUUUUAAUGCAAUGUAGAAAAUAUUCAUUAGUAGAAGAUAUUCAUUUAUUAUUAAGUCUUAAUCUGACUUCGACGAUACCGGCAGAGUCGUUAUUAUUUCUUUAUACUCUUUUUUUUCCUAUCGUCUUAAUACUGCAAAAAGGAGGAUGAUAUUUUAUAUUUUCUUUAUCCGACUUUUUCUCUCUCUUUUUAGCCCAAUCAUAAAGUGGUCCCUGCCCUUUGCCAUUCUCCCUCUCACAUUCGUUUUUAAUUCACAUUGAAAUAAAAGUAGCAAAAGAAAAAUUUGUUCAAAUCUUACCGUCUUGAAACUCACGUAAAUAAUAAAUAUAAUGAUCAUUGUUCGCUUCGUUGAGCCAUGUUUCUGGGAGUUGAAUUAAUAGAUGAUAAGCUCCCCGUGAGGGCGUUUUUCUCUGUCUUGUACUGCCUCGAGUCAUCUGGUGUACAGCAGGCUGUAUUAUAAUAAAUUAUUGUGGUUUCUUGUAAUAUUAACAUUCCUAAAUCCUAUAGCGUGUACAGUGAUUCUAAUUGCAUUCGGGAUUGGAGAGGGGACUGAGAGGAGCCGAAUAGUAAAAGAAGAAGAAAAAGAAAAGACAGAAAAGAAAAAGAUAGGAUCUCACUUGUUUCUUCGUUGUCAUUAUCAAUGACUAACGCGAGAUGAAUAUACAUAUAUAUAUAUAUACAUAAAUGUAUAAAAUAUGAUAUAUUUUGAUGUAUAUAUAAUAUAAUAUAUAUUAUAAUAUAUUUUUAUAUUAUAUUAUAUAUAUUAAAAUAUAUAAUUAUAUGUUUAUAUAUAUAUAUAUAUAAUUUUUUCUCUAGUAUAUUUAUAUAAAUAUUAGAAGCUUUAUUAUAAUCGGACUUGCACCUCGACAUUUGGCUCGCAGAAAUUUGAAAUUACCGUCACUUCUUUUAAAUCGUUAAAUCUCUCUCCCCCGUUUCCCAUUCCCUUCCUUUCCCCAGAGAACAUUGUCUCAUAUUAUACGUAAAAAAAAAAAAAAAUUAUUUUAACAAUUUAUCAGGAUGAGCAGAACGAAUGAAAAGAAACCUGUUUUCUAGAGGGAGUUAGAAGACGCGAAUAACAAACGAUUGUAAAAUAUCAAAUUGUAAUAUUUUAAUACUGAUUUGCAGAUAUGCAUAAUUUUAACAUAUAGCUGGUUAUGGAAAAAAGAGCGAAUUGUAACUGAUACUGAUAUUGUGUGAGACACGAUAUCUGUUUGAUGGACAGAUAAUUGAAUAAAAAAAAAGGAGGAAAAAGAAGAAAAAAAGAAACGGAAUAUAUUCGAAAGAAUCAUGACAUGAAUUUCCUGUGUUAUACUACUAGGGGAAUUAUGAUAGUUACACACUGAGAAGAAAUGUUUGUUUUGUAUAUCUCUUAGGGAUAAAUAAACUUUUCAAAAAAUA